CACUGGAAAGUAAAUAUUAGAAUGAUGAUUUCAAAUACAAUUAAAUUACCAUCAGUGUCAGGCGGGUGUAAUACAUCCAGUGGUGAAGCUGCUCCCCCUCCAGCGAAGAGGCCAAAGAGAGGUAAUUCUAGAGGAAUUAAUUUCAAUAAUUAUCACGUGAUAUGGAUGACAAUCACUUAUCUUUUGCACAGGUGUUUCUUGAGUUCGAGUAAGGACGGUUUAUGGCGUGUAAUUUGAGUCAGUAUUGUGCCGGUAAUAAUUAUUGCCGCGGCCAAAAAUUUUUACCCGGACAUUUGCCGCGGCAAUAUUUUUACCGGGACAAUUGCCGCGGCAAAACUGUUUGGCUCGGUAAAUACCGGGACGAUUGCCCCGGCAAAAAGCAAAAUUUUGUGGAUGGGUAAAUACCGCUCCAAAAACCGCUCCAAAAAGUUUACUGAGCCAUUUACCGGACCGUUUAUAAAAAAUAUUUACCAGGCCAAAUCUAAUCAUCACGUGAUGUGCACCUGAUCUGCCUCGUGUUGCGUACAAACUAGACUAGCCAUAAAGAAGCUUAACUUAGCUUGGCCAUGGACGACUCAGACGACGAUUUCUUGCCCAGCAGGACAUCUACAGCAAGAAGACUCCCUCGAUUUACUGAAACCAGAAGACCUACCGGUAGUAGAUCUACUGCUGAUAGGCUAAGUUAAGUACGGUGCUUGGCCAGGCACGGCAGUAUAUUCGUCAGAGCAAUACUGGAGAAGCCAGUUUUGCUGAUGAACUAGGCUCUCGUUUUUCCUUCUUUGGACGGAACAGGAAAAAAACCAAAAUCAAAAUGUGGAAGGUUGUGCCUGUUUGCCUUCGAGACCCUCGUGACAGUACUGUCCCUAAGAGAGGAAGUCUAGGACAAUUGUGCCGAAUGGGACUCGGCAGCAAAUGGUUCACUGCUGAAGACCGGCUAGAAAUUCCCGACUAUCUCUCUGCUGAAGAGUUGCAUUUCCUGAUUGUUUGUCUCAAACCUUACGAGUUUUGUAAAGCAGCUGGCCCCGGUAACAGUGUCAGUGUCAUUUUCACCCUUAAAAUCAGUGAUGAGAGGAAGAAGCCUAGACGUGGGAAGACCUUUCAUCCUUUUUUCAGUGUCAAUCAGUUAAGGGAACAGGUGGGACGAAAGGGCAAAGUUUAUAUAAGGCUUUGGAGUUGAUACCACCACUACUUCCCUCUCUGACUGAAAUUGAGGCUUACACUCAAAAGCUUGAGGUUGCAUGCCCUCAAUGUGAAGAAAUGUUACCCAUAUCUGAAGUACCUGGUCAUGUGUACACGUGUGCUGUCGAGGGGGUCAGCGGUAAUGAGGUCGGAGUGAGGUCUAUUGCUAGUACUUCCUCCCAUGACAGUGGAAGUGGUGAAAUCUCAAGUGUGCCACAGGACCCAAGGCUAGGUAGACACCCCGAGUCUCCUACUGGUCAACUUGAAACUGAUGACCAGAUCACACUGCCUUCUGAUGCUGAUGACCAGAUCCCACUGCCUUCUGCUGCAACUGAUAUUGAUGACUAGAUCCCACUGCCUUCUGAUGCAACUGAUGCUGAUGACCAGGGGGGGAUCUGGGCUCAAUGCCCCCAUCACUCUUAAGUGACUCAACUCUGGGCUCUCUACGCGAACCCAUUGAAGUGACUCGUGCCAUUAUGCAUCAACAAGAUGAAGAGUAUGCCGAUAGCCUUCGGAGAGAUCAAGAAAGGGAAAGGAUACGUGUAGAGAAUAACGAGGAAGAAGCUAGAAAGUUACGAAUAGAGGAGUGGUACAAACGUAUCCGGGAUGACAUGAAAGGGUCAGUGACUCCCGAACCUGCUGAAGGACUUGACGGUGUGGUCCACAUUCGGGUCAGACUCCCCAAUGGACAGCGUGUUUCAAGAAGAUUCAACGGCUCUGAUGAUGUGAAGAGCUCACUGCUUUUGUUGGAUCACAGGAGUGCAUCAACCCGAGACAUUUUCGUCUGCUUGUCAGUGACGUACCCCAUUGGCGGGUUUUGUGUGAUGAGGGGUCACUCAGAGCAGCUGGAAUCCAAGCAUUCACACUUGUAACUGCUGAGAACACUACUUUUGAGAGGGAAUCGAGUGUUCCAAGAGAAUCGAGUGUUCCGAGAGAAUCGAGUGUUCUGGGUAGCCCAAUCUACAACGACCAUAGUAUGAUGCAGGAUGACUUUUCCCCUGACCUCUCCAAUUUUAUGGACCUAACUGAGACUGAUGACAAUGAAGACAAAGGGUCAUCUGUUCUAAGCCUGAAGGAGCUUCAACUAUUGCGGUCUUCACUGAGACGAGGAUUAACAUUGAAUGGCGUGCACCAAGUCGAGGUUGGUCGUCUGUCUGUUUUUGAGGAUUUACUGAAAGUGUAUCAUAACAACCCGAACAUUGUUCAGAAAGAAGUGCGUGUUCGCUUUCGAGGGUCACCAGGUAUUGAUGGAGGGGGGUUAUCAAGAGAAUUGUUCUCUGCAUUUUGGCAAAGUGCUCAAGAAAGAGUAUUUUAAGGAAAUCUUGAGAAAAUUCCUAUCAUCACUCCUGAAACGACUGACACGACUGACGUAUUUCUUCCAAUGGGAGCUAUUCUGUCUCAUGGGUAUGUCCUAACUGGGUAUUUCCCUUUGUACCUUGCAAAUACCCUGAUUGCUGAAGUGUUAUGUGAACACAAUGGCCUCUUUCACGACUUGCUCUAUGAAUCUUUUCUUGGGUACAUCGAUGCCACAGAAUCGGAAGCUGUGAGAAAGUACUUGGCAACGUCCCAGGAUAAUGCCUAUCUACUUAAGGAGGUGAUUAUUCCUAUGCUUUCUCAGUUUAACUGCUGCACCAAUCCCAGUCCAUCCAACUGCAAGCAAGUUAUCAUCAACACUGCUCAUUGUGCUUUACUGUGUCUGCCCUUUUUUGCGAUAUCUGAAAUGAAGCGGGGUAUGUUGCUAUCUUUCCCCCAGCUCUGGGGAAAGUGUGAUGCUUCAGUUGUCACAGACUUCUGCAAUGACCUAUUGCCUACCACCCAGAAGGUUUGGGCUAUGCUGUGUGAGCCGGAAUUUAAAUGCCCUAGUGAGGCUCGAGUUUUUGACUUCUUCCGGCGUUUUGUGUUUUCCCUAAAUCCCGAAUGCCUGGCAAAAUUGUUGAGGUUCAUAACUGGAAGCCCUCAGUGUAGUGAGCAAUAUAUUGAGGUUAACUUUUGUUUUGCUGAGACUCAAUUUUCAAGACGUCCAACAACCUCCACGUGUGGAAUGGUAAUCCACCUCCCCUACAACUACAACUCGUAUGCAGCUUUUUCGCAAGAGUUCAAGAACAUUCUCGAUAACUCUGACGCUUGGUUUUUUGAAUGGUUUUUUGAUGGAUUGUAGAUUGCAGUUAUGUAUCGACUUGAGUAUCGCUGAUAUUGUUGAAUUGCAUUUAAUCGGAACUUUGUUUUCUUCUGUUCAACUCACGUUUGCAGCCUUUUCAGGUUUGCAGCCUUUUCAGGAGCAGUUAUGUGGACACCCAAUUUCCAACAAUUAGAUAUAUAUAUUAUCACAAUUUAUUUGUGUGUAUAUAAUCAACUAUGUAACCUGUUAUGGGACACUAAUUCCCAAUUAUUAUGUAACAAUUAUAUUUCAAUUGAUUUUUGUGUUUAAAUAAAAAUGUUGAAGG